AUGUCGAAGGAAAUUGCAAGCGAGCUGCGCUCAAUUUCAGACGGCGCAACUAAGCACAUUCACGCCCUUCAGGCAUUGAAACGCCCCAUCACUCAUUGGGACGAUCUAUUAACAUGUAUACUGAGUUCAAAACUGGACGCAGUCACAUCCCGGGAGUGGCAAACGUCUUUGACAGGUACGGAUCCUCCCACAUUGAAACAAUUACUCGAUUUCAUAUCUCAUAAAUGUCAGGUGCUAGAGGCGACGGGCAAAUCAUCUAUCGGAACCAAUUCCAAGGCCAACCUUAAGCAUCAAUCUUCCUGUCACGCGGCCGUCAAGUACAAAUGCAGCUAUUGCAACGGUGAGCAUUCUAUCUAUCGCUGCAAGAAUUUUUUAGCUCUCCCGAUUCCCCGUAGGAUCGCCGAAGUACGCAAACGAAAGCUUUGCGGCAAUUGCUUAAGAUCUACAUCGCAUGCGGCUAAUCAAUGUGCGUCAGGCACUUGCAAAACGUGUGCUGCCAAACAUAAUUCUCUUCUUCACCUUUCGAGCAGCUCGGAACCCCGUGAUUUAAGUUCCAAUAAAAAAAAUGAAGUUGACAAAUCAAAAACUUCUUCCGUGACAGUCACGCACGCGUCGAAUCUUUCAAACGACAAUCACAUUAUGCUAUCUACAGCCGUCGCAAGCGUCAAUAACAGUCAAGGCAUACCAGUAGAGUGCCGCGUUUUAUUAGACUGCGGCUCGCAAGCUAAUUUUAUUUCUAGAAAAUUGUUAAACAUCCUAGGUUUAAAGCCUCAAAAUCAAAGCGUAUCCAUUUCCGGAGUUAACGGAUCAGUUACCAAUUCGUCUCAAGUCGUAAAUUUGAGAAUUCAUUCGCUGAUUAAUUCAUAUUACGCCGACAUUAGUUGCAUCGUGACAGAUCAAGUUACAAGUAAACUACCCGCGUACAACUUAAAGCGCGAUAACUUUGACAUUCCGCGAAAUCUCAAGCUAGCCGAUCCCAACUUCCAUAAAGCCGCAGAUAUCGACAUCUUGCUCGGUGCCGAGUUCUUUUGGGAGUUAAUGUGUGUCGGUCAGAUCAAGGCUUCACACAAACAUCCCACGUUACAGAAAACGCGAUUGGGCUGGAUUCUGGCGGGUCGCUUAAACAACUCGUCGGCUUCAACUAAACGUGUCCAGGCGCUACACGCGGUCGUGUCCAACGCGGAAUUACAUGAGCAAUUAGGCCACUUUUGGCAGCAAGAAGAAGUCACAAACAAGUCAGUCUCUCUCACUGCCGAGGAAUCUUAUUGCGAACAACAAUUUCUGAAAACCGUGUCCCGAACGCCACAAGGCCAAUUCGUGGUACAGCUCCCGCUCAGGGAAAAUAUGGUUAAUAGACUAGGGGAUUCCAGGGAGGUCGCUUUGAAGCGAUUGUUAAAUCUCGAGAAAUGCCUCAGUCGCGAUCCACUUUUGAGGGAGCGAUACGAACACUUCUUACGCGAAUACGAGUCCUUGAAUCACAUGAUGGAAAUAGACGUUCCACCAAGUGAGGAUUCAACUCCCUUUUAUCUGCCCCAUCAUGGCGUAUAUAAAAAUUCUGACAAUUCAGCCAAACUCCGAGUUGUCUUUGACGCGUCCUGUAAGAGCAGUUCGGGUUUAUCGCUUAACGACGUCUUAAUUGUGGGGCCGGUCGUUCAACAGGACUUAGCUUCAAUUUUAAUGCGUUUCCGCACGUUUGCUUACGUUUUCACUGCCGACAUAGUGAAAAUGUACAGGCAAAUAUUAGUAGCACCGUCACAGACACAUCUCCAAAGAAUUUUAUGGAGAGAUAAUGCGGACUCAAGCGUGAAAACAUACGAGUUAAUAACCGUCACUUACGGCACUUCUUCGGCCUCUUAUUUGGCUACCAGAUGCCUAAAACAUUUGGCCGAACUAUUCAGAACAGACUUCCCGGUGGGAUCCAAGCAUGUUGAACGUGAUUUUUACGUCGACGACAUUCUUACCGGGGCGGAUACGAUAGAAAAUGCGAAGCGAAUCCGGGACGAAGUCGUGCAACUCUUACGCUUGGGGGCCUUUCAGCUUAGCAAGUGGGCCUCAAAUUGUCCAUUAUUGUUAGAAAACGUGGAUAACCCGCAUCUCAACACGGUCGCUAUAACUAACAGCACCGAUUCGCGAAUCUUAGGGAUCCAGUGGGAUCAGGCACGAGACGUCCUACAAUUCUCAUACAAAACCCAAGAUUAUUCAAGCAUAGUAAACAAACGCGGUAUACUCUCCGAAGUAGCCAAAUUGUUCGACCCACUCGGCCUUCUCGGUCCGAUGAUCACUAAUGCUAAACUAAUCCUUCAAGAGCUUUGGCAAGCAGGUGUCGAAUGGGACGAGACAGUUCCUCAGCAUCUCCACUCUCGCUGGAUGGCCUUCAGGGCCUAUCCAAGUUAA